AUAUUACUUCAAAAUGAUCGUUCGAAAGAUCAAAAUUAGGAAAUAUUUUCCAGAUCAGCUGGUGACAGUGAUGCGCUUUUUAUGUAAUUUUUCAACCGCCAUAACCCAAAGAAGAAGAAUUAGACCGGAAGCGUCAUUUUUCCUCCUGCUGGCUAAAGCUACGUUGGUGUCAUCGUCUUAUCGGUUUAGGGGUUGACAACAUAAACAGCAGCCUUAUUUCGUGUACAGCCACAAAGACCUAUUUUACUGGACUCUCUGGAGAGAUGAACAGCAACGGGAAUAAGAGAGCUCCAACAACAGCCACGCAGCGACUUAAGCAGGAUUACCUCAGGAUAAAAAAAGACCCUGUGCCUUACAUCUGUGCAGAACCUCUACCCUCCAACAUCCUAGAAUGGCACUAUGUAGUCAGAGGUCCUGAGAAAACUCCAUAUGAAGGAGGAUAUUAUCACGGAAAACUCAUAUUUCCUCGGGAAUUUCCUUUUAAACCACCAAGUAUCUAUAUGAUAACACCAAAUGGGAGAUUUAAGUGUAAUACAAGGAAAAGACAGCUGUCAGCGCAAAGCCUGGCCUUCAACCUCAAGGAUAAAGUGUUCUGUGAGCUGUUUCCUGAUGUAGUCGAUGAGAUGAAGCAGAAACAGAAGGCCCAGGAGGAGUUAAGCGCCCGCACUCAGCCCCUCCCCUUACCCGAUGUGGUACCCGACGGUGACCCUCAACACGCCCACUAUGGCCUCCCCGCCCUCAAUGGAGGCCCCGCCCCCCUCGGGGGUGCAAACCACGUCCCUGGCCUGCAGCAGGCCAAUCGCAACCAUGGACUUCUAGGUGGGGCUCUUGCCAACCUCUUUGUGAUUGUAGGCUUCGCGGCAUUUGCCUAUACGGUCAAGUACGUGCUGAGGAGCAUAGCCCAGGAGUGAAAGGACCCGGUGUUGUAGGGCAACGCUCCCCCCUGCAGGUGAGCCAACUAGUGGACAUUCUACAAACACUAUGUGGAGGAGGGAUGUUCAGUCCUUGGUUAAACCCCUCCACAACCACCACCACCACUACCAUGGACUCUCAAAGCCCACCCACCCAGGAAGAAUUGAGAUGAGGAGGUGGGGGAGUGGACGGGAGCGGCAUUAGGGCCAGGGGGUUGGAGGGGCUUAUUAAAACGGUUGCGAUUCACUCCGUCUUUCAGUGGUUUAUGUCAGCUGUAGGAAUAAACUUGGCUCAUGGGUUGUGGAAGAGUGUAUACCUGAAGACAUGGUUUGUUGCAGUGCCCUGGAACCAGGUCCCAACAACAGAGAGAGGCUAAAUAUCAUAAAACAUUAUUGAUAAAAGCUUGUUUCAUACACAGUUAAGGAGGUAGUUUUCAAAGAUUGUGUUUCCCUACCCAUUUCCCUUCCUGGUCAUUUAUUGUGUCGUGGAGAAUCCUCAGGGUAUGUCUUUUUGAUGCUGCUUCUGUUCCAAAAUCAAGAGAAAAGGAGUGCCAUAAAGACCAGUUGUGUGGUUCUCCUAGUUAAUGUGGUCUUCAACCUCAUUUGAACCACGGUUUUAGGAAUCACAGUCAGUUUUGGGAUUGGAGUCAGUUUUCCUCUGUAUGCAUUUCCAUGUAAUAGCAUUGAGGCAUCAGGUUUCUAUCACCUGGGUUGCAGCUCAAGAACAAUUAUCUGCCUACACUACAUCACACAUAUCUGUGUAAAGCAGGACAUGUAACAGAAAGUAGUUUUUAUUUUAUUUUUUACACACACAUUUACUGCCCCAAAACCUGUCAAAGGUUGUCAUGCCUAAAAGCUUUAAGGUUUUAUGUUCCAAGAAUAUGUCUGCAAGUUAGCACAACACAGAUUUAUAACCUGAAAACCCGUGAGAGGUCAAAGCUCGAUGGCGCUCACUGACAAAGAUGGCGUCCAACUGCAAAACUAAAAUCUAAACACGGCAAAAAGUACACAGCAGUGUGAUAAAAGUAGAACCUUAUGCACUUGUCUUAAUGUGUAUUUCAUCUAUAGGAUCUAUUUUUUUUUGCAGUAAACCUUAACAUCUGAUGAGGCAUUGGAGUGCAGAAAGUCAUCCUAUAAAAGUCAACAAUAGUAUUGACAAGUGUGUGUGUAUCUCUGUAUCUCAAUCAAAAUAAAAAGCAUACAACUUGGCACGUCAGUCUGUGAAAGAGCUACUGAUGCGUGGUCAGAGUCUGAUGCGAGUCCACGCGUGCUCUCCUGUCAACCCAUGAGCCAAGCAGUGAGCCCAGUGUCUGCACAGAGGUAAAUAGAGACCAGUACCUUCCUUAAAUUGGCUUAGCUGACCAGUAUAGCAACACUCUAUAGGUCCAAGUGACGAAACACAUAAAGAGAACCAACGUUUUUUUGUUUCCUUAUAUUAUUUUGUAUUUGAUCUUUUUUUUUUUCCUUUGGGGUUUUUGUUCUCUUAUUUGUAGAACCAGCCUUGGCUUGUCUGUAAACAUUCUAAGGAAAACGUCUAGUGUUUGCUAAGCAGGGCAGUGUGGGCAAACACAAGCACAGACAUGUCCUGGCUCACGGAGCGGCUGAUAAUUUACUGUUGUGCAUUGCAUUUAGUAAAGAUGGUUCUACUGUGUAUCUGUUUCAACAGAAAAAAAUUGUCUGAAAGCAGAAGAUUUGCCUUUCUAUAGCUCUUUUUAUGGCACAUCUUUAAAAAAAAAAAAAGAAAGGAAAAAAAAAAAGAAACCGAUGAUGAUGGGAGUGCGUUUGUGUGGUCAUACAGCAAAUGCCCAAAUUUCGAUGCUUCAGUUAAUCUUGUGUGACAUUGUACGUUUUCAUAGUAACUGCAAAUAAAUUACCCUGCUUGGCAGGGCAUUUUAGGAAACCUUCCUUUU